AUGGACACCAUGUCCCCACCAUUGAUCACAGUGGAGGACACCAGCGGCCCAGACCAGGAAGUUAUGGGGAUUGCUCAUGACGACCACCUGGGGAGCCUUAAGGCUCUGACAGAGAAACUGAGGCUAGAGACGCGUCGGCCAUCUUACCUGGCCUGGAGGGCCCAGGUGGAGGCCCAGGGAUCGAGGCGGCUGAGAGCGCAGGAGCAGCAGGUGGAGGAUAACCAGCAGGAGGCGCUGGAUUCUCUCAGAGAUGGUGGACCAGAGGGAAUCAGCUUGGCCCAGGAAGACAGCCUGCCUUCAGCAAGUCUGAAAGGAUUUGGGAACAUCGACGAGGCCCUCGUCUGGCUCAGGAAAGAGUUGACGGAGAUGCGCCUGCAGGAUCAGCAGCUGGCCCGGCAGCUGAUGCGGCUGCGCAGCGACAUCAUCAAGCUGAAGAUCGAGCAGACCUGCCACCUCCACCGCACCAUGCUCAACGACGCCACCUACGGGCUGGAGGAGCGGGACGAACUGUCCGACCUGCUGUGCGACUUCCCCGUCACGCCCGGAUUCGGGCUGUCCGCCCCGCUCAAGCUCAUCGGGGUCACCAAGAUGAACAUCAACUCCCGCCGUUUCUCCCUCUGCUAG